UCCUUCAACUCGCGCGCAUGAAUGGUUAAAAAAAAAAAGAGGGCGGGGGGGAAUGUGAGGCUCGAGCCCGCCAGCCAGGCCUCUAGCUCCUAGCGCGCGCCCUCAGCAAGGACCCGCGCGAGCUGCCCGUGACCAUGCCUGCGCUAUUUGAAACUGCAGAACCCGUUAGGAUCUUGGGGGAAACUACCGUUCCAGCUGGUUCCGGAGCCCAUGCGUGACAGCGGGGAGAGUGGCGGUCGCGAGGCGGCUCAUACCUUUCGCGUCUCUGCACCGUGGAGACUAGAACCGGCAUUUUCGAAGGACGCCACCUCCAAUCGCAGCGCUGGCGCGGGCGGAGGCUAAAACACGGGGGUCCUGAGACUGAGGAAAACGCGCCAAGUUCCCCUCGGUGGUGGAGUGGGAAAGACCCUAGCGGUUCCGGCGCUUCGCCAGCGGGAUUAGUUCUUGCGCUCCUCACUAGCCCGGGGCAGGCGCGGGCGGGCGCCGCUCCGGGAAUGUAGUUGGUGCCGGCGCAAGGCAGGACCGAGCGGCGGCCCGGGUUCCCGCUCUUGAUAGCGAAUGGUCACUCCCCCGCGGGGUGGGUGAGCCGACCAGCUUUCCUCGGGUCGGGGACUCCGCGGGCUCGGGGCAAGGUCUCAUCUGUCGUACUCACACUCGUCCCGGUUGGACUCGCCGGCGUCACCGCCGCGGACCUCGCUUUGGGCCAUGACUAGACUUGUCUCCCAAGAAAAACCUUUUUCGAGAAGUAUUAAUGCUUAGAGAUCCCUGACGAGCGCAGGCUGGUUUAUCAUUCAUGAUAGCGUUUCAUCAGUAGCAGUAAGUGGCUAGCAGAGUAUGAUUGGUGAUUAUAAUAUCUGUUUAUAAAUUAAUACUUGUCAACUUUGAGAUUUAAAGAGAAAAUGCCUGGUGUCAUACCUAAUGAAAGUAAUGGGCUUUCAAGAGGUAGUCCAUCAAAGAAAAACCGACUUUCCUUGAAGUUUUUUCAGAAAAAGGAAACUAAGAGAGCUUUGGAUUUCACAGAUUCUCAAGAAAAUGAAGAAAAAGCUUCUGAAUAUAGAGGGUCUGAAAUUGAUCAAGUUGUUCCUGCAGCACAGUCCUCACCUAUAAACUGUGAGAAGAGAGAAAACUUGUUACCAUUUGUGGGACUGAAUAAUCUCGGCAAUACUUGUUAUCUUAAUAGUAUACUUCAGGUAUUAUAUUUUUGUCCCGGUUUUAAAUCUGGAGUGAAGCACUUAUUUAAUAUUAUUUCAAGGAAGAAAGAAGCUCUCAAAGAUGAAGCCAAUCAAAAAGAUAAGGGAAAUUGUAAAGAAGAUUCUUUGGCAAGUUAUGAACUAAUAUGCAGUUUACAGUCCUUGAUCAUCUCAGUUGAACAGCUUCAGGCUAGUUUUCUCUUAAAUCCAGAGAAAUAUACUGAUGAACUGGCUACUCAGCCAAGGCGACUGCUUAAUACACUCAGGGAACUCAACCCUAUGUAUGAAGGAUAUCUACAGCAUGAUGCACAGGAAGUAUUACAGUGUAUUUUGGGAAACAUUCAAGAAACCUGCCAACUCCUAAAAAAAGAAGAAGUAAAUGUGGCAGAAUUAUCUAACAAGGUAGAAGAAAAACCUCAUGAGAAAGAGGAAAUUCGUGUUAACAGCAUAGAGAUGGACAACAUGAGGCAUUCUGAAGACUAUAAAGAAAAACUCUCAAAAGGAAAUGGGAAAAGAAAAAGUGACAAUGAAUUUGGUAACAUGAAGAAAAAAGUUAAGGUAUCCAAGGAACAUCAGUCAUUGGAAGACAACCAGAGACAAACCAGAUCAAAAAGAAAAGCUACAGGUGAUACAUUAGAGAUUCCUCCUAAAAUAAUUCCCAAGUACAUUUCUGAAAAUGAGAGUGCAAGACCCUCACAAAAGAAAUCAAGAGUUAAAAUAAAUUGGUUAAAGUCUGCAACUAAGCAACCCAGUAUUCUUUCUAAAUUCUGUAGUCUGGGGAAAAUAACAAACCAAGGAUCUAAAGGACAGUCUAAAGAAAAUGAAUAUGAUUUUGAAGAGGACUCUGAGAAGUAUGAAAAUGAUGACACAACUAAUGGUUGUGGAUUUGAACCUUCGGGGAAUAAUGUUAAGCCCAUUAAUAGUAAUGAAGUUAAGCCCAUAAACAAAGGCACAGAGCAAAUUGGUUUUGAGCUAGUAGAGAAAUUAUUUCAAGGUCAGCUGGUAUUAAGGACUCGUUGCUUAGAAUGUGAAAGUUUAACAGAAAGAAGAGAAGAUUUUCAAGACAUCAGUGUGCCAGUGCAAGAAGAUGAGCUUUCCAAAGUAGAGGAGAGUUCUGAAAUUUCUCCAGAGCCAAAAACAGAAAUGAAGACCCUGAGAUGGGCAAUUUCACAAUUUGCUUCAGUGGAGAGGAUUGUAGGAGAAGAUAAAUAUUUCUGUGAAAAUUGCCAUCAUUAUACUGAAGCCGAACGGAGUCUUUUGUUUGACAAAAUGCCUGAAGUUAUAACCAUUCAUUUGAAGUGCUUUGCUGCUAGUGGCUUGGAGUUUGAUUGUUAUGGUGGUGGACUUUCCAAGAUCAACACUCCUUUACUGACACCUCUUAAAUUGUCACUAGAAGAAUGGAGUACAAAGCCAACCAAUGACAGCUAUGGAUUAUUUGCGGUUGUGAUGCAUAGUGGCAUUACAAUUAGUAGUGGGCACUACACUGCCUCUGUUAAAGUCACUGACCUUAACAGUUUAGAACUAGAUAAAGAAAAUUUUGUGGUCGACCAAAUGUGUGAAAUAGGUAAGCCCGAACCAUUGAAUGAGGAGGAAGCACGGGGUGUGGUUGAAAAUUAUGACAAUGAAGAAGUGUCAAUAAGAGUCAGUGGAAACCCACAGCCAAGUAAAGUUUUGAACAAAAAAAACGUAGAAGCUAUCGGACUUCUUGGAGGACAAAAGAGCAAAGCAGAUUAUGAGCUAUACAACAAAGCGUCUAACCCUGAUAAAGUUGGCAGUACAGCAGUUGCUGAAAACAGAAAUUCUGAGACUAACAAUACUAAUGGGACCCAUGAAUCUGAUAGAAACAAGGAAUCCAGUGACCAAAUGGGCAUUAACAUUGGUGGAUUUGAGAACAAAAUUUCGUAUGUAGUGCAAAGCUUAAAGGAAUAUGAGGGGAAGUGGUUGCUUUUUGAUGAUUCUGAAGUAAAAGUUACUGAAGAGAAGGACUUUUUGAAUUCUCUUUCCCCUUCUACAUCUCCUACAUCUACUCCUUAUUUGCUAUUUUAUAAGAAACUAUAAAGUGAGUGUAUUUUUCUUGUAUAUAUUAAACAGACCGAGACACACAUCAGUAAAAAUUACAUCAAAGAUUCUUUAGCUUAGCUUUUGAAGCUAUUGGAUAUUAUUGGUCUCUCUAGGUUUUUAUAUAGUGAAAUUUUAAUUACUGAAAACCAUGUCAAUUUUAGAAUUCAUUACUUAGUAGAGACUAGUUAUACAUUAGCUUCUGGGGACAACCUUGUAUAGAUUCUUAAUUAUCCAAAAUGGAAGCAUUUGAAUUUACACCUAUCUUUUGUGUUUGCUUUUUAAAAAUAAAGUACUUGUAUCCAUAUUUUGGAGUAAUUAUCUACAUAAUGUUUAUAGGUCCUGUGGUUUUUCAGCUAAGAAGCAGAAUCUCAUUUCAGUACAUUUAGUUUUAUAAGUCAUGAAGGCCAGAUCUUUGAUGGGCUGUAUUAGAGGCACAAAGUCUGGAAUAUGUGUGUAUUCACAAUGAUGUAAAUUUUGUGCCUUGAAUCACUUCAGAAGUCUCAGAAAACGUGGACAGUCCUUUACAGCAAUUUUAUAUGUAUUUAUAAGGAUGAUUCUGUACCCUAGUAAAUCUUUUUUGGGCAUGGACAAUUUGUAUCUCUUCAUAGUCAUUUUCUGCACGAUCUGUAUAUAGUACAUCAAACUUAGAGGUAUGACCUUAAGUUUAACUUUUUAAAAAAAUCAUAAGGUCAAUAAAAUUUAAAAUGCCUAAAAACUGUAUACUAAUGCUCAAUUUUUUACUUGCAUAUUUUUACCGUAAAUAUGUACAGCUGGGUUCUCUAAAACAAAAUAUGUGUAUGUGUGUAUAAUGUAUGUAUAGAAGAGAAUAAACAGGCAUAAUUAUCUUUAAUACUUUCUGACAGUUGAAGAAAUUUUCAAAUGGAAUUCAAAUUGUACUUAGCUAUCUAAGAUGUCAUACUUGAAAGUUUCCAGUAAGAAUUGUUGCAUCCUAGUUGUCCUUUAGGCAUAAAACUUUAUGGAAUACAGAAUUGCAAAACUUUAGAUGAUGCUUCGGGCACACAUAAAAACUUGGUUAAAUUUUCAUUGUAAAUAUAUUAAACUGGUAAAUAAUUAUGUUAAAGGACAUUCUUGGUGUUGAUACUAAAAAUGAUCCUAAAGAAUAUGUAAAUUCUAUUGGAAUAACAUAGUUUAUUUCAACAAAUGAGUGCCUGUCAACUAAUAAAUUACAUAGUUAAAUAAAGUCACAUUCUUCCAUAA